GACAAAUCAGCAACUGUCAGGAAUUAGAUAAAGGUGAUAGAAGUGGAAGUAGAGUAAUGGUGUUUUUUUAAUGCUCUCAGCAUUGUUUUUCAGCUCUGUUUGAUCUGAUAGUGGUCAACUGUAACAUUGUAUUCAAACUAAAAAAGGAUUUCCAUCAGAAAUUCAACCACAGAUGCCUUAUUGCAGCCGUACAGUGUAUUACCAUCAGCAGGCUCCUGUGUCCCCUAGCCGCUACUGCUCAGAGGAGGAGGGACCUGGGGGCCACAGCCCCACCCUGGAGGUGUCUGAGGGAGAGGAGGACUACGGAGACCAUAUCCCCUCUGGGGGAGACUCCAGUAGCAAGAGGAAGAUCCGUCUGUACCAGUUCCUCCUGGAUCUGCUGAAGAAAGGAGACAUGAAGGACAGCGUGUGGUGGGUGGAAAGAGAGAAAGGAAUCUUCCAGUUCUCUUCUAAACACAAGGAGACUCUGGCCAAUCGAUGGGGCACGCAGAAAGGAAACAGGAAGAGGAUGACAUACCAGAAGAUGGCCAGGGCCCUGCGGAACUACGGCAAGACGGGAGAAAUCAGAAAAGUCAAGAAGAAACUGACCUACCAGUUCAGUACAGAGGUACUGAGGAAAGUCUCAACUACAGAGAGGAGGCCCUUCCCCCGCUAAGGAUACCAGAGAUUGUUUAUGUAAUGCCUCUUUAUACAGGCUUUGGGUUUAGGUCUACCCUCACUGAUAUACAUUGCAAAUAGGACAAUCAAAUCAAAAAUCUAAUUUGAUUGGUCACAUACACAUGUUUAACAGGUGUUAUUGCGGGUGUAGCUAAAUGCUUGUGUUUCUAGCUCCAACAGUGCAGUAAUAUCUAACAAUACACAAAAAUACACACAAUACACACCAACCUAAAAGUUAUAAUGACUUUUCCCUGUUCACUCACGACUGCGUGGCCAAACACGACUCCAACACCAUCAUUAAGUUUGCUGACGACACAACAGUG